AAUACCUUGUGCUCGCUCUCUCUAGCCAAACGUUCUCUCUUUCCACAGCUCGUCCAAAUUUCUCAAAUUCAUUCCUCUCAAAUGGUUAUCAAAUAAUUUAUAAAAGUGCCUCCCAAGAACACACAUCUUAGUUUCGCCCGAUUGUAUAGCGAAUAGACCUAAUUUUUGGGUAUGGCUGAUGCAUCAGCAUUUCGAUUGUCCUUGCCGUUGGUUUUCUUCCUCCAAUUGGGGACUUUUUUGUUUAUCCUAUCAUCGAUCACAGCCGCUGACGAUGUCUCGCGAGCUGCUCCCGCCGGUGAACCCAAGGCCUGCGGAAAUGACUUCCAGUUGGUUAAGGUCAAGAGGUGGAUAAAUGGUGUUGAGAAGGAGGCAAUAGGUGGGUUAACAGCUGAUUUUGGCUCUAUAUUGCCUGCUGAUGCUAAAAAAGGUCACAGAUUGCCAGCUCUAUUUUCAGAACCCUUAAAUGGCUGUUCCUCCUCUUCAUCUAGGCUGGUAGGUUCCAUUUCUUUAGUUGUACGUGGUGAUUGUGAAUUCACCACUAAAGCUAAAGUUGCACAAGCAGCAGGAGCAGCAGGAAUGGUGAUGCUGAAUGAUGAUGAAGGUUUUGUGCAGAUGGGUUGUGGGAAUGAUACUAGUUUGAAUAUUACUAUUCCCGUGAUUACAAUUUCUAAGUCGGGAGGAGUGGAACUAAAGAAAUCCAUUGAUGGUGGAGAAAAAGUGGAACUUCUGUUGUACUCACCUGAACGACCAAUUUUAGAUUACUCGGUGAUAUUCUUGUGGAUGAUGUCUGUUGGAGCAGUUGUUACUGCUUCACUUUGGUCAGAGAUCACUGGAUCAGAGCAAAGUGAUGAGCGCUAUAAUGAAUUAUCACCCAAGGAAUCUGAUGCUGCAGCAGCAGCCAGGCAAGAGGAAGAGAAGGAAAUCCUCCAUAUUAGCACGAAAAGUGCUGUAGUUUUUGUUAUAACGGCGUCAACUUUUCUGCUGCUUCUUUACUUCUUUAUGUCGUCAUGGUUUGUCUGGGUGUUGAUUGUACUUUUCUGCAUUGGAGGUAUUGAGGGAAUGCAUAAUUGUAUUGUUUCACUGGUGACAAGGUACGAUGGUUACUUUUGUGAAAUGAUUAAUUUAGUAAUUGAACGGAAGACCUUGAAUUUGCCUCUUCUAGGGGAGGUUUCAAUUCUCUCUUUAGUUGUCUUGAUAGGAUGUCUAGCAUUUGCCAUAUUCUGGGCUGCUAAUCGAAAUGCAUCAUAUUCUUGGAUUGGGCAAGACAUCUUGGGUAUUUGUAUGAUGACCACUGUCUUGCAGUUGGCUCAAUUACCAAACAUAAAGGUUGCCACAGUACUCCUGUGUUGCGCAUUCUUGUACGAUAUCUUUUGGGUGUUCUUAUCUCCGUACAUAUUCCAUGAUAGCGUUAUGAUUGCGGUUGCUCGAGGUGAUAAAAGUGGUGGAGAAUCGAUACCCAUGCUGCUGCGAGUACCUAGACUUGCCGAUCCUUAUUAUGGUUAUAACAUGAUAGGCUUUGGGGACAUUUUAUUCCCCGGUUUGCUAGUUGCCUUCUCUUUUAGAUUUGACAAAGCCAAGAAGAAGAAGAUAUUCAAUGGAUACUUCCUCUGGUUGGUAAUUGGCUAUGGAGCUGGCCUGGCGUUUACUUACUUAGGGUUGUAUUUGAUGGACGGGCAUGGUCAACCUGCUCUGCUCUACCUAGUGCCGUGUACACUUGGAACCUGUAUUGUGUUGGGUAUGAUAAGAGGGGAGCUGAAACAACUAUGGACUUAUGGCAGUAAUUCAACUGAAUCCAAUGCCCCUGGAGAAGCUUGAUAUGAAUGAUACCCCAUAAUUCACCAUUCAUUUUAUAGGUCUCUUACGUUGACAAUGCUAAUCUUGCCUGUACUGAGGUGGGGUAUUUCAUUCGAGUGCUACAGGCAUUACCUAGGUUGAUUAGUAUAUGGGCAUAAUAUUUAUCUUUUUUUUUUUCUUUUUUUUUUCUCCCUUGUAUUAUUUAUCAUUGUGUAUCCUUCACAUGUAACAACGUUAUUUUACUUUAUCCUUUUAACACUUUCUCAUUAUGAAAGAUUUGAAGCCGAGAUCAAAUCGGCUUCAUUGGACCAUUUUGUA